CGAAAAAUACACAAUGCCCCAAACAUAGUGGAGGAGGGGUGAGAGUCCGCAACCAUUUUGGCUCAAGCCGCGGGCAAAGUAGUCGAAAGAGUCCUCGCGACCUCGCGGCCCAGGGAGGGCUGGGCGUGCAGUACAGGGUCAUGAGCGGCACAGGCAAUGGCCCGAGCAGAUCUCCGAGCCCGCCACAAUGGGAGCGGCGCAACGGGGGCCCGUCGCCGCGCAAUCUGGGAGUUCGCUAUCAGCGGAGCAGCGCAACACAAGCCCGCCGCCGCGCAGAUCUCAGAGUUCGCUAUCAGCGGAGCAGGGCAACAGAAGCCCGCGGACGCACCGCUCCCCGGACCCGGACCCUCCGGCGCCUGAGGGCGUGGCGCCCAAGGAUGUCUCCAUGCCGGCGAAGAUCUGCUACAACUUCCUAGCCUUCUACGCCUACUGGUUCGGCGCCGCGCGUUUUGACAUGGACGGUGAUGGUGAUUUCGACGCAGCGGACGUGCAGGCCAUGAUGAACAAGGGGGGUUCGGCGUUCAUGCUCAACUUCUCGCGGCCAGUCACAAGCAAGAAGGCGAAGGAAGCGCGCCGAAAGAAGGUUGAGGCGAAGAGGAGGCAGAGAGAAGGUCAGAGUAUCGGUAACCAGGUCGAGGCUCAGGAGGAGGCUCAGGAGGACGAGAUCUGGCAGUUCUGGCCCUGGUUCACCAUCAUUCAGGCGGCCUUGUGCCUCGGCUUCUGGGGCCUGAACGCGUUCAACACGAGGGCCUACGAAUUAAUGCAGUGGGACAACGUUAUCACGGACGACCUGAAGCUGACACGUUUUCGCAAGGAUAACCCGAACGAGCAGCUGUUCCUUGACGAUUGCAAGAAAGGGUGCAGCGCUGCCGACGAGGCGUGCGUGGGCAUCGGCUGGAAGGAUGGGCCGUUGCCCGAGUGCUUCCUGCUGAGCUCGCUGCCGGAAACUGAUCCCACAUAUCUGCCUUGCCAGAAAGACGCGUGGGGCUGGCGUACCUACAUGAAGAAGACGUGGACCCCCUCCGACAUGUUCUUCACGAAGGGAGGCGUAGAGUACAUCUGGCCUGGGUUCACCACCCUGGCCGCCUACAGCUACUGCCAUGACGGCUACGACAUCAGCUUCCUGUGGAGGUGGUGGAGCUACCAGUUCACGCACGGCAGCAUCCUUCACGUUGGCGCCAACUGCUUCAUGUUGAUCAUACUCGGCAUUCCCUUGGAGGGCUGGCAGGGAACAGGCAUGCUCGCUGUCAUUUGGACCAUCGGGGUUCUAGGCGGGGCCCUCUGCUGGGCGCUCUUCGACCCCUACACCACCUCGUACGGCGCCUCCGGAGGAUGCUACUCCCUGCUCGGCAUGCACGCCGCAGACCUGAUUCAAAAUUGGGGCGCCAAGAAGUGGCGCUUCAGUACAGUAUUAAUCAUGCUUCUGGUCGCCGGUGUGGAGUCUCUCGCCUUCUGGGCUUUGCGUGACGAGGAGAGUUCUACGGCUCACACUGUGCACAUUGGUGGCAUCGUCGCUGGGCUCCUCAUCGUCUUCACGACCGGCCGCAACGACCGCUGGAGGAUGGACGACUACGUGUGCUCCGCGAUUGCCUGGGCCGUGGCAGCCAUCCUCGUCGUCGGGAGCAUUUACUUCUGGUUCUUCUUCAACGAGCACCCCGGCAUCGCCAGCUUGACUAUGGAACGCCCUUUUUGUUGGAUCGGGUAUGUGUGCAUCGGCGAUGAUGGCAACCACUGCCCGCUGAUAGACGACAUUAACGAUCGUACGACGAACGCCGGCUCCUACACGAACACGUUGAGGCAGUGCGUCAUGUGCGACACAAGGGACUGCGUGGAGGGUUGGUACAGCGACACCUACGAGGUCACCACCGCAGGGGUGACCACAGAGCACUAUAAGUAUUGCCCGACUGAGGCGUCGCGCAACUACUGCACCUUCACCACCGGCGACAGCUUCGACCUAUGGUACCCUCCGACCAAGAGCGCGUACCAGCUAGCUGACUGACACGCUUGCGCCGUCACCUGCGCCGACGCCUGCACCGACGCCGACGUGAAUGGUUGACCGGCAGGCCCCUCUGCCUUGCGUGCCGCCACAAUUUGUCGGCGCCAUUCGUCCAUCGGGAGGGGCUGUUGUGGAAGAGCCAGGGAGGAGGAGCGAGCCGAAAAGUGCUAAUGUGUAUGGUCCGUAUGCCCGCUGUCUUUUCGCCCGGGGAGCCCGCAGGCGCGCUGUAAAAUCGGACGCGCUCUCGGUCUAUGGCUGGUGGGUUUCGCCCAGAGACGUAUCACCCAGAGACCGAGCGGAUAAGGAUGGUGAGAGGGG